AGACGUAUUGUAUAUCAUAUAGGUUAUCAGCGGCGCACUCGCGUUUCGAUAGUCGUCGCAUUCGAAGGUGUGCAUGUUCGGAAUAACCUCACAUCGUCUGUCCCCCAAGGAACGUACGCAAUGACGGAGAUAGUGGUGGCCAACGACGAGGAGCAGUUGCUCUCGCGGAUCUCGAAUCUUGUCGCUCGCGCCGCCGACGACGCGAUAUCACGCGAUGACCGGAUCUUCCGAUUCGGAGUAUCAGGUGGUUCAGUAGUGGAAUUGCUGGUCAAGUCUUUGCUUAAUAUCUCGACUGACUGGAGCAAAUGGCGCUUCUUUUUCUGCGAUGAACGAGUGGUGCCUCUAGAGAACUUUGAUUCUAAUUUUGGCCUCUACAAAAAUUGUCUCAUCGGAAAAGUGCCUGUCACUGAGGAGCAAUUCAUAAAAAUUGAUUCAGAAUUAAAUGCCGAGAACGCGGCGAAGGAUUACAUUAAAAAAAUGGCCUUCUUCUUCCCGCCGGACAGAUUACCAAGAUUUGAUUGUUUGCUGCUGGGGCUGGGUCAGGAUGGUCACACAUGCUCGCUUUUUCCGGGUCAUCGGGCUCUCGAUGAUGAGAAUAUGUGGGUCACAUGGGAAUUGAACGCGCCGAAACCACCACCUAGCAGAAUCAGCCUCACGAUGCCAGUCAUCAAUAAUGCUCGCAUGUGUGUAUUUAUCGCUACCGGCGCCAGCAAGACCGAGAUUGUCAAGAGGGUCUUGAAAGACAAAGAGGAUUUGCCAGCCACAAGAGUGAACCCAAUCGAUGGCACUCUCUUCUGGCUGCUCGAUCAGGAAGCGGGCAAGCUACUUAAUUCAGACUGAAACGCGAACUUAGCCCAAAGUAAGAUCGAGAUACACAAGAUUUGCACCAAUUUUA